AUCGCCGCCUCUCGAAAACCUGGCUAAGCGUAUCUUCUUAACUUGUCUACAAUGGAGAGAUCCGCGAUCAAAGGGAUGAGUCAGCUGACAUUGAACGAAAGUGAGACCAAGAAAACCAGACCAAGAAAACGCGACAUAGGGAGGAUUCGCGUGAGAGGAUAUAACACUGACCUUCCCCAUGAUGAUGUAGUAAGCGCGUUGAGGAAACAUUUCUCUUCGUGUGGAGAGAUCACAGAUGUUUAUAUCUUCGAAAAGACUGAUGGUCUACACAGUUUUGGUUUUAUUUAUUUUCUGGGAGAGGGCGCAGUGGACAAGGCCUUGCAACUUAGUGGAAUUGACGUGGGAGGAUGGACCGUUAUUGCUGAGCCUUAUCCGUUUACGGAACAUGCAGGCUGCUACCCUGCUGUAGUUGUUCAAGGAUACGACACUCUUCUUGAUAACGCUGAUAUCGAGAAAAUGUUGUUUGAACAUUUCUCUUCGUGUGCAGAGGUUACUGAGAUUCGUGUUCACAAGAGGAGCAUUGGUGCAGCUGUUGUAGAGCUUUAUGGAGAAGAUGCUGAACAAAAGGUGAUGGAUCUUGAUGAGAGCAUCAUGGUAGGCCGCAAAAUAAGUGUUACGCUUUAUACUGCGCCGACUGUUUACAGUGUCCACCCUCGUCGUCGACGUAACCGUAAUUAUUAUCCAGUUGCAUUGUGUUUUGAUUCUUGAUUCCUGCUUCCUCUUAACCAAGCCUAGGAUGACUUCUCAAGAGUAGAAAAGCUCUCUGAUCUACUGUGAGAAGGCAAA